AUGAAACUGUCUUCCAGAACACCUCGACCUGUUGUUGUAGAACCAAUGGAACAAUUUGAUGAUGAAGAUGGGCUCCCAGAGAAGCUAAUGCAAAAAACACAACAAUAUCACAAGGAGAGAGAACAGCCUCCACGUUUUGCUCAACCCGGAACAUUUGAGUUUGAGUAUGCUUCACGGUGGAAGGCUCUUGAUGAGAUGGAAAAGCAACAGCGUGAACAGGUUGACAGGAACAUUAGAGAAGCCAAAGAGAAACUAGAGGCAGAAAUGGAAGCAGCUAGACAUGAGCAUCAGCUAAUGCUGAUGAGGCAAGAUCUCAUGCGACGUCAAGAAGAAUUGAGGCGUUUGGAAGAACUUCGAAAUCAAGAACUUCAAAAGCGCAAGCAGAUACAAUUGAGACAUGAGGAAGAACAUCGUCGUCGUGAAGAAGAGAUGCUACGCCAGAGGGAACAGGAGGAAUUACGGCGACAGCAGGAUGGAGGAUUUAAGCCAAAUUUCAUGGACAACAGAGAACAGGAAAUGAGAAUGGGUGAUAUGGGUCCUCGUGGAGCAAUAAACAUGGGAGAUGCGUUUAGCCCAGCACCUGCUGGUAACCAAGGCCCUCCUCCAAUGAUGGGUAUGAAUAUGAACAACAGAGGAACUUUACCUGGCCCUGCAAUGGGUCCUGGUCCUUCCAUGGGACCAGAAGGAGCUGCAAAUAUGGGAACACCAAUGAUGCCAGAUAAUGGAACAGUGCAUAAUGAGAGAUUCCCUCAAGGAGGUCCAUCACAGAUGGGUUCACCUCUGGUUAGUAGAACGGGCUCUGAAACUCCUCAGCCGCCAAUGAGUGGUGUAGGUGCCGUGAGUGGUGGACCUGGUGGUUUUGGUAGAGGAAACCCAGGGGGCAACUUUGAAGGACCUAACAAGCGUCGCAGAUACUAAAACUUAUUUCAUUCCUUACGGUUUAGAAAUUCCAGUAAAAAUAUACAGUGAUAUGCCUUUAUAAUUUUAGCUGUUAUCUGGAAACGGUUUUAUUGUUAUUGUAGUCUUCAAAACAGUUUCUUUUGUAAAACUUUUUUUGUAUUCAGUCAUAGGCUUUGUAGUCUAGAGCAGAAAUGAUGCAGAACAUUAUGUAGUGCAAUGUGUUUGUGACUUCAGCAAAAUACAAUGUGUGACUAUGCUGUAAAACGUGCAGUUAUCUGAUUACAAUAAAAUACAAAAAAAACUUGAAAGGA